UUAUUCUUUAAUAAAACAUUUGAGAAUUUCACUCAUGAAAAACAUCACUAAAAAUCACACAAUAACAUUAAAGGUUAGCAGUCAAGUGGGCACACACUACUCGCUGUCCAGGCCAUGGGUUGGACACAUCUCGUUUAGUCGUAGACCUGGCACAGUUCAGUUAACGGCUGGACUUGAUGAUUUCAGAGGUCUUUUCCAACCCAAAUGAUGUCACUGAGCAAACAGGCUAACACAUCACCAAGCAACAGAUUGUGACUGCAUGGCCUUCAGUGCUUCCAUCGGGACGUUAGCAGAGCCUGCCUCAGUCUGGCUUGUUCCUGGCUUCCCACUGAGCAGCUUUGCGAGGUUUGGAAGGCGAGCAAGGAUUUGGCUGUGCUGGGCCGUGCCUGUGGCUGCUUCCAGCAGUUCCCAGUGCCCGUCCUCACAGCAUCGUUCGUGUUUCCCUGGCCCUGCCCAGUGCAGGCAGCCAGGGCCCCGCAGGACGUACCCGCAGCAGCGGAGUGCGCGACACCAGCGCUGCAGCACCCGUGAAGGAAGGCAGUUCGUCACCCAGCACUCUCCUCACGUGCAGCAGCCAGAAGACCAUGGCCGCAGCAGAGGCAUGGACAUGUCCCAUCUGCUGUGAGGCACGACGGGACGUUGCGUAUGCAACACCGUGCAACCAUCAGUUCUGCCUCGGCUGCAUCCAGCGGUGGGCCAUACUGAAAUCCAGCUGCCCGCUCUGCAGGACGGUCAUGAGGACCAUCAAGGUCUCCAUGUGGGGAGAUGAACAUCACAUUGAGUGCGUUGUCUCCCCACCCGCAGUGCCGGUCCCUGCCCAAUUCCACCACGGCAGCAUCACCCGCCCCAACGGCACUGCAGCACACGCUCCAUCCUCUGCGCCGCUGCCACCGCAGCAGAGGGCUGCAGCGCCAGAGAUGAGGGCGACAGUGGGCGGCCUCCUGCCGCAGCAGUGGGCGGCAGCCUUCAGGGAGCGACGCCACAUCCUCGACCCCGUGCUGCCCGGCCUGCACCAGAAGCUCUCCGCCAUCCCUGGGUUCCAGUGGUGGCAGGUCAGGUCUACCGAGAGCCUGUUCCUAUGCUGCCUGUGUCAGCUGGGGCUGGACAGGGAUGCCAUGGUGCGGUGCAUAGAGCCCAGCGUGGGACCCAGCGCCGUGCCCAUCAUCCACUGGCUCAUUGACACCAUCGUCAGCCGCUGCGGCCGCGACGCCCGGACGAUGCUGGGCCUCGAAGAUGAGAGCACUGCCCGGGGGCAGGACGACAGCAGCACGGCUUUCUCCCCACAGACAAACCGCACCCCCCGCGCCACACCCUCCAGCAGCUCCGAGGGUCCCAACGCCGAGGAGCUGCCCGGCACAUCCAGCCGAGUCCUUCACGGGGGUGCUGGCGAGCUCCCUGCCGCACCCAGCCCCAGGGAGCAGCAGCAGCCCCACGAGGAGCCGGGGCACGAGGCAGCAGGACCCAGCGCCCAGCACCGCAGCCUCAGCCGCCCCGCUCCAGGCCGGGGCUGGAAGCGCUCUGCUGGGGAGCCCCGGCGCCGCAAGAAGAGGAGGGCCGACAGCACCCAGCGUGCUCCGCAGCCCUGCAAGAGGCUGCCUCCCCGGCGCCUCUAGCGGGGCUUACAUUCCAUUUUAAAACACAAAAUAUAUGCGUUU